AUGUCAGAGAGCACACCUGAAACGCGUCCAGCGGAUGUUCUUGGUCCUGAUCCUCCUGUUAAAUCCAACAUUAUCACCUUACCUGUUCAUAUCCAAGUCAAGAUCCUUAGCCAUGUCGGAGUCUUCGACCAAGUUUUUGGUGCCGUUAAGACUUGCAAGUCAUGGGAAAAGCUCUUGCUGAAAUCACAAAUGCUACGACAAGGGAGAUACCCAGGCUUCAAAUACUCUGAUGAUCCCAAAGUCUUUGAUGCUCAUGGGAUUUUCAAUCUGGCUGCCGAAUAUUUCUUCAAAGCAAAGGUCGAAGAUGGUGCAAUCACUCGAUACUUUUAUGACAACGCUGGACGUGAUGUUGAUCUCGAUAAUAUCGAGAUCUAUCAUGUCUACGAUCAUCCAAUCCCUCUUGAACUAGACCGGGAAACUUACAGGGUCACGGCAGUUGGCGAAGAGGAUAUCUCUGAUUGCCCAUUUCUCGACGAACUUGCUCUCUCAUACCGACCAACCGGAUACGAUCAGCAGAGGAGACUAGAGCUUCAAGAUCUUGGUGAAGAUGAGAAUACUGGAGAGCUUACGUCUGAGUCGGGAUGUAAAAGUAUCAGUGAUGAGGAAGGGUACAACUCAGGAUCGGACUCUGACUACGAAACCAGUGGCGAUGAGCAAGAAGAUCUCCCUAUGCCUCCACUCUAUGGAGAGGUAGAUGAAGACAGUGAAGAGCCAUUGAAAAGGACAACAGGCCGUCAAUUGUACAUCCUCGUCAACUACCCCAUCUUGCCUGCAUUCUGGGCUUUCGAGCUUCUGGAUAGCGAAAUUGUCGGACUUACUAUCAAAGAAACGAUGGAAAAGGCAAAGGGUAUAGUUGAGGAAAAUCUAGGAGUCGCGAACCUAGAGCAAUACUUCCACCAUAUCGACAACCCUUUUCACUACGAAUUAGAGGUUAGAUUUGUUACGUGGGGAGAUCCCCUAAAUCAUGGGUGUUAUGAUCUUCCACCAAGUCUCUGUACCGCCCAAAAUCGACAUGGCGAGCAUUUUCGAUUGUGUGCUUGUCGGAAUUGA